CAGAGCACCAUGGUCGCUGCGAUUGCGAGCAACUUCUUCUCGGGCGCCUUCGCCACCCCGGCCCUCCCGUCCUUCUCCCUCGGCGGCAUCGGCGCCUCGGUUGUCGACGACGCCAAGGCCAAGGCCGACGCCCUCGCCAACAAGGCCCAGGGUGCCGCCCAGUCGGCUGAGGACAAGGCCAAGGGUGCGCUCGCGCAGGCCAAGGACAGCGCCGCCAAGACCGCGUCCAAGGCCGCCCCGGGCAAGAUCGAGCUCUACUCGAGCAAGUACUACUACACUUGCGCCCUCGGCGGUGCCGUCGCGUGCGGUGCGACUCACGGCUUCGUCACCCCGCUCGACCUCGUCAAGUGCCGCAAGCAGGUUGACAAGAACCUCUACAAGUCCAACAUGGACGGCUGGAAGAAGAUCCACGCCGAGGGUGGUGUCCGCGGCCUCUACACCGGCUUCACCCCGACCCUCAUCGGUUACUCGAUGCAGGGCGCCGCCAAGUACGGCUUCUACGAGUUCUUCAAGAAGACCUACUCGGACAUGGCCGGCCCGGAGAACGCCGUCAAGUACAAGGACGCCAUCUUCCUCGCCGGUUCGGCCUCGGCCGAGUUCCUCGCCGACAUGGCCCUCGUCCCCAUGGAGACGGUCAAGGUCCGCAUCCAGACCACCUUCCCGCCGUUCGCGUCGGGCGCCGUCUCGGGCCUCCAGAAGGUCGUCGCCACCGAGGGUGCCGGCGCGCUCUUCAAGUCGCUCCCGUCGCUCUGGGGACGUCAGAUCCCUUACACCAUGAUGAAGUUCUGGUCGUUCGAGGCGACCGUCGCCGCCAUCUACAACGCCAUCGGCAAGCCCAAGGAGACCUACAACAAGCUCGAGCAGCUCGGUGUCUCGGCCACCGCCGGUUACAUCGCCGGUGUCUUCUGCGCCGUCGUCUCGCACCCCGCCGACACCAUGGUCUCGAAGCUCAACGCCCCGGUCAAGCCUGGCCAGGUCAAGCCCUCGGUCGGCAGCAUCUACUCGGAGAUCGGCUUCGGCGGUCUCUGGGCCGGCCUCGGCACCCGUAUCUUCAUGAUCGGUACCCUCACCGCCCUCCAGUGGCUCAUCUACGACUCGUUCAAGGUCUACAUGGGUCUCCCGACCACCGGUGCGGCCGAGCCCAAGAAGGCGUAGAUGGACAGGUCGAGGUCCCCGUGUGUUUUACCCCCCCCCCCCCACUCGUGCCCGCAAUCUCAGCUUCCUUGUGUCUCU